AUGGCGGCCAAAGACUGGGAUGCCACACAGUAUCUAAAGUUCGAGCGCGAGCGCACGCGACCUGCGCUGGACCUCCUAUCGCAGGUGCCGCUGACCGGGCCUAAACGUAUCCUCGAUCUGGGCUGCGGGCCGGGAAACUCGACGGCGGUGCUGCUGGACCGGUUCCCUGGUGCGCAGAUCAUCGGGAUAGACUCGUCGCCGGACAUGCUUGAAAAGGCUCGAAGAAGCCUGCCCGGGCUUGACUUCCGGCUGGGCGACUUGACCUCGUUCAGCCACACUGAAGACGCCGAGCUGCUCUUCUCGAAUGCCGUGUUUCAAUGGCUGCCGUCGGACCAACGGCUUCGGAUCUUCAGCGAUCUGAUCCAAAGCCAAAAGCCGGGCGGCGUCUUUGCGUUUCAGGUGCCGGACAACAUGUCGGAGCCGACCCACGUGGCCAUGCGUUCGGUCGCGGCAGAUGGGCCUUGGUCGGAGACGCUGAGGCAGCACGCUCCAGCGCGCAAGCCGUUCCAAUCACCCCAGGAGAUUUACGACCACCUGAAGCCGUUGUGCUCGGAUGUCAAUAUCUGGCACACCUAUUACUACCACAUGCUCGACGACCACCAAGCCAUUGUGGAAUGGGUCAAAGGAACCGGGCUCCGACCCUUCAUUGACCCUCUUUCGCCCACUGAAAGAGAAGGCUUCCUUGCCGCCUACCUCCGACGCAUUGAGGAACUCUAUCCUCCUCUUCAUGAUGGGAAGGUGUGCCUUCGAUAUCCCCGGCUUUUUGUUGUCACUGUGCGAGCUUGA